AUGUCCGCGACCGACCUCCCAGGAGGCGUCACUGAAGAGGCCGCAGUUCAGUACUUGUCUUCGAAGGUCGACGCCAACCUAGCGCAUCUUUUCCAAGAGUCAGGUGUGCCAAUUGGGUUGCAGUGCAAGAUUUGUCAGCAGUUCAAGACUGUGCGCGCGUUCGCCUCCUAUGAGGAUGAUCGUUCCAAAGUGCGAGAAGCUAUGAAGACUGAUUUCUCUUUGGAUGGUGCCGCAAAUUUGGCCGCAUGCUCAGCAUUGGCGGCAGUAGUCAGCACUUGGGAGGCAUGCCAGCGCUUCGCCGAGAAGGAAGCAGAGUUGAAA